AUGGCGAACGGGCAAAUGAAACGUCUGGUCAAUGAAUAUAACAAACUGCAAAAUUGGGCUGCAAGCAGUGAUUCAGCAUCGAAAUUCCGUGUUGAAACUGCAUCUAGUGAAGAGAUAACAUUCACAUCUCCAUCAGCAUCGACUAGUGCCGGAGCUGCCUCAGCUACGAACACCGUGUGGGGUAAUAUCAUGGGAUUAAUAUAUCCUUCAACAGCACCCUUUCAACAACGAGGUCCAAGAGUGGAAAUACGAGUGCCGUCGACAUUUCCUCAUGAACCACCAGAAAUAUUCAUGAGAACCAAAAUUCGUCAUCCUAAUAUCGAGAAAGAUGGUAAAUAA